ACAGAGCAGGCUGCAGGACAUCCACAUGAGGAACUGUCCGCAACAUAACGCGCGCUGAUCAUACGGGAAAUCCGAUGUUCCGACCGUUGGUCGAAGAACAUGUUGGUGUUAAAUUCAUCAAAUAGUCAAGACAAGGGCAGAUCAAUCGUCGAUCCGGUCCCAAGUCAAUGCGAGACCUUUACUGGCCAGUUCUAUUAUCAAUACCCGGGGCCGUCGCGGACCUUGGACUGAUAGCUUGUGGGUGGUUUAACCAUACAUGGAUGAGCCCAAGGAAACGACACCGAAGUCGACGGGGCAAUCCCGCCUUUUGCAGCAUGACAUGGCGCGAAAGAAUGGUUCAACAUUCAGAACUUGGAGCGAGAUGUAACGAAAUGGGCUUCUCACUUAGUUUUCAAAUCGCAUGGUCGCCGAAGAGUGGUUUGCGGAGAACUUCCAUAAGGGCGCUCCCCUCGGAACUGCGGGCCCUCCCCAACAUUGUCGAUGUCAAGAAGACUCGUGGUGAACACAAUCCGUUCCCUGGUGAGGAUGCAUUUGCUGCUUUUAGGACAAUUCCGUGGUCGCAGACAAGGGGACACGUGAUGCCUAGUGUGAUUAACGGGAAACUCCAAAGGUUUGCCUAUCGUCUACCUGACAGUUACUCCCAAAAGAAGUGAGAGAUCCCGGAUCCUGAACUUACGUGCAGUCUACCUAACAGCGGUACCCAAUACUGACUGUCUGGAUUUCCCAAAGAGGAUAACGCAUGGAAAGAGCCUACAUGGAAGCAAUACUGCCAGCCGAUCGCAGGCGGGGCAUUGCUGCCCUCGAAGAUGCUGAAUGGUUCUCAGUCCCGCCGA